AUGCCGUUUUUCCCUUCAAUAAUAACUGCUAAAGCAAUUCUUCUCUUCGAUAUUCUGAGCACAUUCGUGUUCACUGCAGCCGCAACACCCAUCCUUCACCACCGAGCUAGACAUGAGCCCUCGCUGAGGCAUAGUCUUAAUGUCGGUGACAUCAAGCCCGCGAAGAAUGCUGUUGUGAUCACCUCACACACAACAUUUGCUCCCAUAACAGACAUCGUUCCUGUCACGACAGUCAAGCCCAUAGUCAAUCUAUUACCGACCGACUAUAACGACUGUUCUGAUUCGGCCUGCGAAUGCGCUAUUUAUGGCCAUGCUCCUCAUGCUCUGAUCAGACAUAAUAAGUGGUGUCUUUAUUGUAUUCCCGAUGUCAACAGAUGA